GACCCACAGGUUGAGAACCGCUGGGCCGAAGUGAAUACUUCAGAAGUGCUUCUUAGUUACUGUCCUGUUGACUUAGAGAUAUAUCAAGACCCUAGAAAAUCACCAUCAGAAACAAGGACUUUGAAAACUUACCUUCCAUAAAAAGUAUCAAUCUUGCUUUGUUUUAACUUUAGUUUCUCACUUUAUAACUUUGGAUUUAAGGACUAGAUAUAUGCACAUAACAUACCUUGUACAAAGUAAUCUCAUAAUAAAUGGGAGUUAUUACUGUCACUUCCUGCCAUUGAGAUCCAUAUAUUCUCAUAUUAGUACCUUCUCCUCGCCAACCACCUAUGUGACUAUCAUAUAAGUAUUUAUCAAAGGAGUGACAUCAGUGAUAGUCACUUAGCACUCUGCGGCCAAACCCUGGAGUGCGUCCUCCCGGGUUGGACUCUGAGGCCAUGGGAAAAAUACAGACGGAACCCAUCGCCAACUUACAAUGCUAAACUACAAUUCCCAGCAUGCAGGCAAACUCCGUGGUUUCGGUGCACCCUGAAAAAGAAGUCCCUGACUCUCCAUUGGCAACUUGAGAAAGGCCUUAAUUACACAAAUCCGCGGGAUUCUAGCGAGGGCACGCACGGAGACUGCGCAGAUCUCCUCGUCUGAGUUCUACGGCACUCAUUGUGAGUACCGGGAGUUUUAGCCGGAAGGAUUUAAGAACCGUUCCACUUCCGUUAACACCGGAAGCAGUUCCAAGAUGGCGACCUCCAUGGCGAACGGGCCAGCCUCGGCGGCUGGGAAGAGUGAAUUUCGUAACCAGAAGCAGAAGCAGGAGAACCGAGAUGAAUCAGAACUCAUCUCUGUACCUGAUGGUUGGGAGAAACCAGCUUUUUCAGAGGACAAACCCAGAGGACUCUUGGGAAGCAGUUUUGCAUCUCUGUUCCCAAAGUAUAGAGAGGCUUACUUGAAAGAGUGCUGGCUGUUGGUACAGAAAGCCUUGAAUGAACAUCAUGUUAAUGCAACCCUGGACCUGAUCAAGGGCCGCAACUGUACAACAAAGAAGACUUUUGAUCCAUACAUCAUCAUUAGGGUCAGAGACCUAAUAAAACUAUUAGCAAGGAGUGUUUCAUUUGAACAGGCAGUAUGAAUUCUUCAGGAUGGGGUUGCAUGCGAUAUCAUUAAGUUUUUAGUAAGAAAUAAAAAAAGAUUUGUAAAAAAGAGGUCAUGGCUUAUUGGUCCCAAAGGAUCUACAUUGAAGGCAUUGGAACUCUUAACAAACUGUUGAAUUAUGGUUCAGGGAAACACGGUAUCAGCCAUUGGACUUUUUAGUGGCUUAAAAGAGGUAUUUGUUGAACAGUCCAGUUAAAUUUGGUGAUGUUAGGCUUCUAUUGAAACUAAAAUUGACGUGGCUGCCAUCAAGGAAAAGGUUAAGAAAGCAAAGAAUAAGAAACUGGGAGCUCUCACAGCUGAAGAAGUUAAGCUUAAGAUGGAAGCAGAUGA